UCACUCAACUGGUGGUCGUCUCGUUCCCGACAGACCAUGAACGCAGCACGUCGCCAGGGGCGGGUAGGCGCUAAACUGUGCAGCAUGGCGGACGAUGGAGACAGUUCGAGCGGACCAGUUGACUCGAGGGGCGGGCGGGGGACACCGGAGGAGUCGGACGGGCUCGGCUUGGGCGGAAUGCUGCUGAAUAUCAGCGUUUUGGUUCUGGUGAUGGCCGUUUGCCUGGCGUUGUACCGGCGGUGGGGCAGGCGGCUCGGCGCCGACGCGGCCCAAGGCGCCGAGGCCUCGACGCUCCCCAAGAUGCGAAGACGGGACUUCAGUUUGGAGCAGCUGCGGGAGUACGACGGGCUCCAGAACCCCCGCAUUCUCAUGGCCGUCAACAUGAAAGUCUUCGACGUGACGAGCGGUAAAAAGUUUUACGGUAAAGACGGUCCUUACGGCAUUUUCGCUGGCCGGGAUGCUUCGAGGGGCCUCGCCACCUUCUGCUUGGAGAAAAACGCCCUUAGGGACGAGUACGACGACUUGUCAGACCUCACCGCUGUACAGAUGGAGAGUGUGAGGGAGUGGGAAAUGCAGUUUAUGG